AUGUUCAUGCGAGUGUCAACACGACUCCUCCCAUGUGUAGUCAGCACUCUGUAUAAAUCAGAAGAUGUACCAAGAAAAGCUGCACCAUUGUCUGUUAAGAAAGAGCAACAUCCUUACUAUGACUUAUCUGUGAAAAUUCGACGAACAAAGAACAUCGUUGGAGGAGAUUUCUUAAGCUCAGCAGACUGUUAUGUUUCUUUACAUCUCCCAACGGCAUCUGCAGUCGAUUACAAAACGAAAAUUGUUUCUAAUGACACCAAUUCUGAGUGGGAUGAAACUUUCAAUUUCAGGAUACAGAGUAUGGUGAAGCAUGUACUGGAGCUCUCCCUCUAUCAUACCAGUGUUAAAGGGACAAAACAUCUGUCGACAGUAGACAUCGAUAUUGGAAAAUUUGAACUUGGGCACGAUAUGAAGGCUUUCAUAGAUCUGAAGGAUGAUGAGCAACUGGAAGUGAACUUUCGUUUGGAAAAAUGGAGAGUAGCUAAAGUAAAUGUUAUUCCCUUAGAGGAAGCCACAGAAGAAAUUUUCAUGGAAAACGAGAAAGUAGCAGAGAUCUUUGACAAAUAUGUUGUGUCUGUCUUCAUUAUAGAGGACAUAAAUUACAUACCAAAAAUUGAGGCUAGCCAAGGGGCUCACAAGAGUGAGGAAUAUAAGUUACAGUUUGCAAAGCACAAACCUAGGAGUAGCCUGGAGAAUGAUGAAGAGCAGAAGACAGCAGAUAGCAGGAACAGCUCCGACAAGAGGGAGGAGCUGAAGGGUGUUAACGCACAGUAUAGUAUGUCUGUAAAAGUUGACGGAGCCUAUGAAGAGGAGCAGAUCACCACUCUCAAACCCCUGUCAAAUCCUGUGUGGAAUGAAGACUUUUUCUUUCACAUAGACAAGAGUUUGGAUCCAACACUGAAGAUUGACUUGAUUCAAACCAGCACAGAACUGCAGGAACAGAGUGUUGACCUGAGGCUGAAGGCUAAGGAAUGCUAUGAAGAUCUUGAUGUGCGUCUGAGUUAUGACAUCUCUGAGCCAGAGAAGGAGUUCCUUUCAAAGAGAAAGAAAUUUGGUGCACGAGCACUGAAGGCGGCACUGAAUCUAAAGAAGAUCCCGAAGGACAGUGAUGUGCCUGUUGUAGCAAUCCUUGCCUCAGGGGGUGGAAUACGAGCAAUGACAUCCCUUUAUGGUGUUCUGCUAGGCCUGCAGCAGUUACACAUCUUGGACUGCAUAACCUACAUAUUCGGAGUGUCAGGAUCGACCUGGUGUAUGUCUACGCUGUAUCAGGAUGCCAAUUGGUCUGACAGUGAUUUGAAAGGACCAAUUGAGAAAGCCAAACAUCAAGUGACCAAGAGCAAGACCAGUGCCCUGUCCAAGGAUCGCUUGGGGUAUUACAUCAAUGCUUUGGUAGAGAAGAAUCGAUCUGGGCACAAUGUUUCAAUUACAGAUCUGUGGGGGCUCAUCAUUGAAUCAUUUCUCUUUGGAAAGGAGAAUAAAACCAAGCUGUCAGACCAGCAGAGAGCAGUGAGGAGGGGACAGAACCCAUAUCCAAUCUACGCCAGUCUUAACGUGAGAUCAGACCUCAGCGCUAGAGAUUUUGGAGAAUGGUUUGAGUACACUCCUUAUGAAGCUGGACUUCCAAAAUAUGGAGCUUACAUCCCCAUUCAGCAUUUUGGAAGCAGGUUCUUCAUGGGAUACCUGAUAAAGAAAUGCCCAGAGAUAAGACUCAGCUUCUUACAAGGCCAGUGGGGUAGUGCAUUUGCAGCAAACCUGGAGGAGAUCCUGAGGGAGAUGAUCGGCACCUCCAACACCUGGAUGCAGAGCUUACAGGAUGCUAUCAGGAUAACAGAUAAGCAUUCAGAAUCAAAUCUACAACAACCUCAAAUGAGGACAAUCAUUCCAGCUGGCAUGCUGGACAGUUUAGUAAAAAAUUUAUUUGCGUCACGCCUGACAGGGUCAGAGAGCUGCAACUUCCUCCGUGGCCUCUUUCUACAUCGGAUGUAUGAGGAUAACCACUACUUCUUGCAUGGGCUAACUGAACAUCUGGACUCCUCUCCAAACCAUCUGACACCAAUGAUAAAUCAGCUGUACUUGGUUGAUGCUGGAUUCUCAAAUAAUUCGGCAUUUCCCCUUGCCUUGCGAUCACCGAGAUGCGUCGAUGUCAUCCUGUCUUUUAGUUUUAGUCGGGGAUCACCAUUCAGGGUUCUGAAGACGACUGAGGAAUACUGUACAAAACAUAAUGUCCCCUUCCCAAAGAUAGAUGUGGCAGACGUACUUGAGAACAGCCUACAGGAAUGCUAUGUCUUCAUGGAUGAAAAUAAUUCCGAUAUUCCCAUAGUAAUUCACUUCCCUCUCACAAAUGCCACAUUCAAGGAUUACAAAUCUCCAGGUGUUGAACGUACAUCUGAGGAAGAUAAAAUCAACUCCAGUUUUGUCCUGGAAGCUGAGCAAUCACCAUACAGCACGUUGAACUUUACAUAUACCCCUAAUGAUUUUGAUAAGCUGGUUGAUCUGAAUUGCUACAACGUACUGAACAAUAAAGACAUCAUUCUGAUGAGCUUGAAGAAGGUAUUAGCUAAGAAGAGUUAAGCCACAUCGAUUCUGGAAGGGUUACUGACAUGAAUACUGAACUGUGGAAUAAUCCUUGCUCUUUCCUCUUCAUC